AUGUGUGAAGAUAAAAAUAGUAUGCGUUUGGAAAUGGAAAACUUAUUAAAACGACGAUUUUUUUAUGAUCAAUCGUUUUCAAUUUAUGGUGGUGUGAAUGGUCUAUAUGAUUAUGGUCCAGUUGGUUGUGCAAUAAAAAUAAAUAUUAUAAAUCUAUGGCGUCGACAUUUUAUUCUCGAAGAACAAAUGCUUGAAAUAGAUUGUUCAAUGUUAACGCCAGAAAUUGUACUCAAAGCAUCAGGUCAUGUUGAUCGAUUUACAGAUCUGAUGAUAAAAGAUACUGAAACAGGUGAAUGUUUUCGAGCAGAUCAUUUAAUUGAAGGUUAUUUCGAAAAAUUACUUGAGACAAAAGAUAUAGAUGAUGAAAAGAAAACUGAAAUUAAACAAUUAUUACCACAGAUUGGUAAUAUGAAUGUAGAAGAUAUACAACAACUUAUAGAAAAAUAUAAUAUAAAAUCACCUAAUACUAAUAAUAAACUAUCAGAACCUAUUGCUUUUAAUUUAAUGUUUUCAACUUCAAUUGGUCCAAUAAGUCAAACAAAAGAUUAUCUUCGACCAGAAACUGCUCAAGGCAUGUUUGUUAAUUUUAAAAGACUAUUAAAUUUUAAUCAAGGUCAAUUACCAUUUGCUGCUGCACAAAUUGGUAAUUCAUUUCGAAAUGAAAUCUCACCAAGAUCAGGUUUACUACGAGUUCGUGAAUUUACAAUGGCAGAAAUUGAACAUUUUAUUGAUCCAAUUGAUAAGACACAUUCAAAAUUUGAUACUGUUGCUGAUCUUGAAAUUCAAUUAUAUUCAGCUAGUAAUCAAAUCAAUGGUGAAACAGCUCAAUUAAUUCGUUUAUAUGAUGCUGUUCAUUCAAAAUUAAUUAAUAAUGAAACUCUUGGUUAUUUUAUUGGUCGAAUUUAUCUAUAUUUAAUAAGAAUUGGUAUUGAUAAAAAUCGAAUUCGUUUUCGUCAACAUAUGGAUAAUGAAAUGGCUCAUUAUGCAUGUGAUUGCUGGGAUGCUGAGUGUAAGAUAAGUAGUGGUUGGAUAGAAUGUGUUGGUUGUGCUGAUCGAUCUUGUUAUGAUUUAACACAACAUACAAAAUUUAGUGGUCAACGACUUGUUGCUGAACGACAAUUAUCUGUACCGAAACGAGUACAGAUUACUGAGAGAAAAAUAAAUAGUACAAUAAUUGGUCAAAUAUUUCGUAAAGAUACUUCAAUAGUUGUAAAAUAUUUAGAAAAUUUAUCAGAAAAUCAAGCUCAUAGUUUACAUGAAAAACUUGAGCAAGAAAAUGAAAAAUGUACUAUUAAUGAGAAGGAAUUUAUUAUUACACGAUCUAUGUUUAAACUAGAAACAAAAGAAAAAAUCGUUCAAGUCGAAGAAUUUACUCCAUCAGUAAUUGAACCAACAUUUGGUAUUGGUCGUUUACUGUAUGUUACAUUAGAACAUAAUUUUAAAAUUCGUCCAGAAGAUAAUCAACGAAAGUAUUUUACAUUACCACCAUUAAUUGCACCAUAUAAAUGUGCUGUUUUACCAUUGAGUGUAAAUGCAGAAUUCAAACCAUUUGUUAAACAAAUCUCUGAUCUUCUAACUCAAGCUAAUAUUUCACAUAAGAUUGAUACAAGCAGUAGUAAUAUUGGUAAACGUUAUGCACGUUGUGAUGAACUUGGUAUUCCAUUUGCAAUCGCUAUUGAUUUUGAUACAUUACAACAACCAUAUUCAAUAGCAUUACGUGAAUUAGAAUCAUUAAAACAAGUUCGUGUUAAAAUUGAUGAAAUAGUAUCUGUUCUUCAAGAUCUUGCAACAGAAAAAGUAACUUGGAAUGAAAUAUUUGCAUUAUAUCCAAUAUUUACAGAACAGCAAACAAAAAGACUUGAAAAUUAA